GAAUUGCUCUAGUUCCGUCCAAUGAAUCGUUUAUAAAAUACAGAACCUAUCACGCCGAAGCAGCUUGAUUAUUCCGGUAAAAUGGAAAAUGUUCGAGUAUGCACAUUUCUGAUUACUGGUGGCAGUGGAUACUUCGGUUUCCGCCUUGCCUGCUCCCUACAUAAAAAAGGAGCUAAAGUCAUCCUGUUUGACAUGAGACAUCCCAGCCUAGUUGUUCCAGAGGGCAUUGUGUUCAUAAAGGGAGAUAUUUGUGAAUAUGCUCAGGUGGUAAAGGCAGUCACAGGCGUAGACUGUGUUUUCCACAGUGCCUCCUUUGGCAUGUCUGGCAGGGAGCAGCUGAACAGGAAGAUUAUUGAAGAGGUGAAUAUCCAGGGCACAAAGCAUGUCGUCAGGGCCUGUGUCGAGGCUGGUGUCUCCAGGCUUGUCUACACCAGCACCUUUAAUGUAGUGUUUGGAGGCCAAGUUAUUGAGGGUGGUGACGAAAGCCUACCCUACCUACCACUGCAUCUCCACCCUGAUCACUACUCCAGGACCAAGUCGAUAGCUGAGAUGGCUGUGAUUGAAGCAAGUGGUACAGAGCUGAUGAAUGGGACAGGUGGGUUAAAGACCUGUGCUCUCCGUCCAGCGGGUAUUUAUGGACCUGGUGAGAAGAGGCACCUGCCUAGGAUAGUUGGGUACAUAGAGAAGGGGUAUUUCAGGUUUGUGUAUGGAGAUCCAAGAAGUUUAGUGGAGUUUGUACAUGUAGAUAACCUGGUCUUGGCACAUGAACUGGCUGCUGAUGCUCUGAUGUCAGAGCAUCAGCACCGCUCUGCUGGACAGGCAUACUUCAUCUCAGAUGGAAGACCUGUCAACAACUUUGAGUUCUUUAGACCUCUGGUGGAGGGUUUGGGUUACUCUUUCCCCAAACUACGUCUGCCUGUCUCUCUCAUUUAUUUUGUGGCAUUCAUCACUGAGAUGAUUCACCAUCUCAUCGGCCCAGUGUAUAACUUCCAGCCUCUGCUCACACGCACAGAGGUGUAUAAGACCGGUGUGACACAUUACUUCAGCAUGGCAAAAGCCAAGGCAGAACUUGGUUAUGAGCCCCAGGAGUACAACUUAGAGGAGGUUGUGGAGUGGUUCAAGAGUAGAGGUCAUGGAAGAAAAGCUAAUGGUUUGUGUCUACAGCGAUGGAUGAUUGAUGUUCUUAUACUAGCAGCUCUAGCUGCUCUUGUCCUCUCAUACCUCCCUGUGGUUGGCAGUUAAUCUGCAGGGAGAAGUAAUGUGAUAGCACAUUUAAAUGUUGAAACUUGUAGUGUACUUGUAGUUAUGGAUUUUUUUUCCUUUCAUUGAUUACACAGUCGGUCAUUUUUAAUAACACAUAAUAUGAUGUAAUAACAUAAUAUUAUGAAUCUGUUUUACACAACAUAUUUAGGAUUUUGGCAGGUGUUGAAAGCCAGAAUUAAUGUUUGCAUCUUAAAUGAAGAUGGUGUUAUGUGAAUUACUUUAUAUUUAAAAGAUAAUCUAUAAAAAAACGUUAUCAUGACCGAUGAUAUCCAUAUUUUUGGCUUUCCUAAACAUUCUGGUUGUUUUGUG